CAGCUACUGUUGCUACUGGCAGUUACCAACACUUAAAAACAAUAGGCAGAAAAGGAAAUUGUUCAUAAAUUUGUUAAAUAAAAUCUCAGUACGACUUUAAAAAAAUGUCAAAGGUGACCGUGCAAGACAUAGAAGCCGUUGAUGAUUACUGGGGACCCACAUUCCGCUCCAUCCUAGAAGGGAAUAAUACAAAACUGAUUAGCGAACAAUUGGAUCAGCGGAUACGCAGCCAUGACAAGGAAAUCGAACGGAUAUGCAACCUGUAUUACCAGGGAUUCAUUGAUUCCAUCCAGGAGCUGUUGCAGGUGCGAACACAGGCCAAGCAGCUGCACGAUGAAGUCCACUCGCUGGACACAUCGCUGCGGCAGAUCAGUGCCUCACUCAUCCAACAGGGGAAUGAGCUGGUGCGGGCACGUCAAAUCGAAUCCAAUCUGGCCAGUGCCAUCGAGGCACUCAAAUCCUGUCUGCCAGCCCUCGAGUGUUACAUGAAGUUCACACAACAGGCCAAGAACAAACAAUACUAUCAGGCGCUGCGCACGCUGGAGACCCUGGAAACGGAGCACUUGUCGCGUUUGAAGCGACACAACUAUCGCUUUGCCACUCAGAUGCAGAUCCAGAUUCCAAUCAUCAAGGAAAACAUACGCAAGUCCUCGGCCUUAGAUUUUCGCGAGUUCCUGGAGAACAUCCGAAAGUUCUCGCCGCGCAUUGGCGAGCUGGCGAUUACCCACACCAAGGAGUUGCAAAAGCGUGACAUAAAUGCCAUCAUCAAAGAUCACAUGCAGCAGGCAAAUGGCGGUGCAGCCGGUGCGGGUGGCGACGACGAUGGCGGCAAUGUGAGUGCCCAGGAUCUGAUUGAUUUCUCGCCCAUCUACCGGUGUCUGCACAUCUACAUGGUACUGGGCCAGAGGGAGUACUUCGAGAAGGAUUACCGUCAGCAGCGUCGCGACCAGGCCAAAUUGGUGCUCCAACCGCCACCCAACAUGCACGACAACCUGGAGGCCUACAAAACGUACAUUUGCGCCAUUGUCGGUUUCUUUGUGGUGGAGGAUCAUGUCAAGAAUACGGCUGGGGAUGUGGUAACCAGUAGUUAUCUAGAGGAGCUGUGGUCCAACUCCCUGACAAAGUUUGUCAACGAGAUUAGCAUGAGCUCGUCUUCCUGCACCGAUCCCAAUAUAUUGCUGCGCAUCAAGAACCUCAUCAUGCUGUCCAUCAACAGCUUCAAGUGCUACGGCUACACCGUGAACAUUCUGUGGGAGCUACUGCACAAUAUGCGUGAUCAUUACAACGAGGUGCUGCUGCAACGAUGGGUUCAUGUCUUUCGCGACAUCCUCGACAAGGAGCAGUUCCUGCCGAUGGUUGUGCAAAACGUUGAGGAGUACGAGAGCAUCAUUGAGCGUUUUCCCUUCCACUCGGAGCAGCUGGAGAAUGCGCCGUUUCCCAAGAAGUUUCCGUUCUCGCGCAUGGUGCCGGAGGUCUACCAUCAGGCCAAAGAGUUUAUGUACGCCUGCAUGAAGUUUGCCGAAGAGCUGACCCUCUCCCCCAACGAGGUGGCUGCCAUGGUGCGGAAGGCGGCCAAUUUGCUGCUCACCCGCAGCUUUAGCGGCUGUCUGUCCGUGGUGUUCCGACAGCCCAGCAUCACGCUGACACAGCUCAUACAGAUCAUCAUCGACACGCAGUACUUGGAGAAGGCAGGACCGUUCCUCGAUGAGUUCGUCUGUCACAUGACCAACACGGAGAGGAGCGUGUCCCAGACGCCCUCGGCCAUGUUCCAUGUGGCGCGCCAGGAUGCCGAGAAGCAGGUGGGCCUGCGCAUCUGCUCCAAGAUUGAUGAGUUCUUCGAGCUGAGUGCCUACGAUUGGCUGCUGGUGGAGCCUCCGGGCAUAGCUUCCGCUUUCAUUACGGACAUGAUUUCGUACCUCAAAAGCACCUUUGACAGCUUUGCCUUUAAGCUACCGCACAUUGCCCAGGCCGCCUGUCGUCGCACCUUCGAGCACAUUGCGGAUAAGAUCUACUCGAUCAUGUACGACGAGGAUGUCAAGCAGAUAUCCACGGGUGCCCUCACCCAGAUCAAUUUGGAUCUGAUGCAGUGCGAGUUCUUUGCGGCCUCUGAGCCAGUGCCCGGCCUCAAGGAGGGAGAACUGAGCAAGAAUUUCCUGCGCAAUCGACAGCUGCUGGAUCUACUGAUCCUGGAGGAGUGGAGCACAUAUUUCCACGACUAUGGCAAGCAGGAGAAUCGCUAUCAUCUAGUGCAGCCGCAGUCCAUCAUUGUGAUACUCGAGAAGAUACGCGAAGCGGACAAGAAGCCCAUAUUCUCGCUGGUGCGAAAGAACGACAAGAAAAAGCUGCUGGAGACGGUGCUAAAGCAGCUAAAGCACAUAGCCGAAAGGCAGAACUAAUCGAUUUUAAGGGAUCGGUGAUCCCUGCUGAAAUAAAUAUACACUCCUUGGCUUAGUUUUAUAUAUGUACUCGUUUGCACGCAAGUAGCUUUUUAUUUGUUGGCUAAUUUGAGUUUUCAUAUGGAAAAAGUAUUUAAUUCUCGCCUCCUUUUGAUUCUAUUUGUUUUUAUAAAAGACAAAUUUCAAUUGAAACAUCUUUCCGGGCGCCCGUUGAACGUGUAAAAUUGUAUUUUGAAUUUUGUUUUUUUUUUAUGUACAAAAAGCGAUAUAAUUUGUUUUACGUUUUGCCUACGUGAUGCGGGGAGGGGUGUGGAAAGAUACAAAAACGGAAAAAAAAAAAAAAA